AUGGAGAAGCUGUGUUUUCUGGUCUUGAUCAGCCUCUCUUUUGUGUUUGGUCAGCAAAGUAAGUUGAAGAAGCCACUGAAUGCCUUCACUGUGUUCCUCCAUAACUACACUGAACUGUUUAUGAUCUGCAGACACAACAUUUUCUCUUAUGUUACCAAGAAAGAAGCUAAUGAUCUCCCAAUUUUUUGGUCUAAAGUUAGAGGAUAUAUUCUUGGGGUAUAUAGGCCUAAAAUAUUUUUCAAGGCUCCUGAAAUCCCCAUUGCUCCAGGAUACAUUUGUGUCAGCUGGAAGUCCAUCCAGGGGCUCGUAGAGUUGUGGGUAGAGUGGAAGCCCAAGAUGAGGAGAAGUCUGGAGACAGGGUUGUCUGUGGGGAUAGAGGCAAUGCUCAUCCUUGGGCAGGAUCAGGAUUCAUUCUGUGGGAGGUUUAGUGUAAGCCACUCUUCGGUGGGAGACAUUGGAGAUGUGAACAUGUGGAUCUUUGUUGUUUCACCUGAGGAGAUUGGCACAGUGUAUGCCAGUGGGAUCUAUAGUCCUAAUGUCCUGGACUUGUGGGCACUGACAUACAAAACACAUCCUGAAGUCUUCGUGAAGCCCCAGGUGUGGCCCUGA